GAGUGACUACGAAGUGCGUUAUUUAAUUUUUAUACUGUUUAAUUUAAUUAGAAGUUUAAGUAAUGCAACAAUAUGAGUGCGUGAAAUUAAUGUAAUUGCAAAUAAUAAAACGAGGUCGUUGGCGCAGCGCGUAAAUGGCAACAAAUUUACAAGAAACAUAACUGCCAACAACAACCAAAGUAGCAGCGACCACCACACCAACAACAAAAACUACAGCAGCUAAGGCAGCAGCAACAACAACGCAAUUGUGAUAGACAAAGAAAUAGAUUAAGAAGGGGGAGAACUAAAACAGCAGAAGGCCCAUAAGCAAAAACAGAAAAAUUCAAGAAGAACGCAAAACAAAAACAAACGCAACAUUGAUAUGUAUAUAUAUAUUUUUAAAUAUUUAAAGCAUAUCGUGGAAUAGUUGAAACACAACAUUUUGUACCAUAACUGAUUUGAGUACGCAACGAAAAGAGAACUAAAAGCAGAGCAUGCUAACGAACGAUGUGCAAAAGCAAUGCCAUAAAAAAUAAAUAAGAAUAUACAUAAUUGAAAGAAAAAGGAAAACGCUGGCACCACACAGGCACUGGAUGUAUUUGUGGUAGCAAGAGACAAGAAAGGAGCACAAAGAGAGCAAAAAAAACCUGGAGAGCAAAAGUUUUUGUUUUGGAUUGCUGCUGCUGCUAGCGCUGCUCACACACACACAGCCACACAUAAACAUACACCCACACACAUUGGCACAGCUGAUGUGAAAUCAUUUGCAGCGUUCGUGUUGUGUUGUUCUCUGUGCGCGUUUACAAUUGAUUAAAACCAAAACACAAACACACGAAGACACUUCAUAAACAAACACACGCACACAAGCGCUUUUAUUGUAAAGAUUGAUUCAAGAUUACACGGUGAGCAAUUUAGAGGGACUCACGCAUACACUUACACACAGACAAUCACACACACAUACACACACAUACAAACAAAUCCAAAUGCGUUUGCAAACGUAAUUCUUGGACAAACAAUUGCACUGCCAAAUACACUGAAGCAGGAGGAGGAGGCGGACGAGGAGGAGGACCUGAGACGAGCAGCAAAAGUGGAGACGCAGGUGAAGCAACGGUAGCUAGAGGAGGGCGAAAGGCAGAUAAAGGCUCCAUGAUGCUGUACGUAUUCCAUGUGGACGUCGGUCGUAUGAUGAGCUUCGACAUGACCGUUGCUCUGUCCUCGGUGGAGAACCUGAAGGACACCAUACAGCGCCUGCAUGGCAUACCCGCUACCAAUAUAGUGCUGUUGGUAAGCGGCGGCGAGAUGCUCACACAUUGCACCCAGGUCUCCUGCUAUUCCGCCGGCACUGACACCAAUCCCAUUUAUAUGUUUCUCACGGGGGAUGAGCGUGCGGCGCCGACGAUAGCAAGCGGUGGCAGUUCAAGUGAUGCCGAUGACGAGCUGCGUCGCCAGGUGGAGGAGAGUGAUAUGCUGCCCGCCGUGCUCGAGACAGUGCGUCAGCGUGCACUGCUGGCGGUGCACAUGAGUGAGCUGGGACGCAAAGAGGAGAAGCUCUGUGAGCGUCUUGUCCACGAACAGCAUCUGCAGCAGCAGGGCUGGUCGGCAGUGGUGGCCAAUCUGGAGGAUCUGACAGUGGAGUUCGAGGAACGCUUCCGUAACUUCUGCCAGGCAUUCGAUCGCCAUCUGCAGCAGCGCGAGAGUUAUCUGGAGCUGCUGCGCAACUUUCGCGACGAUCUCAGUCAGCUGGCGAGGAUUCCCAUACUGCCCGCACUCAUGGCGCUGGCGCAGGCAGAUUUCCAUGGCUUCGAUGAGUUGCUGGAACAAGACCCGGAUGCACUGCUGCAGCGCCAACAGACUAUAGCUGAAUCUGUAACGGAGGAGCUGGUGGAUGCGGAUGUGAAUGCCGCUGACAGCGUGGUGAAGAGCACGACCAGCAGCACAUCGCCAAACAAGAAGCUUAAAAUGGGCCACGAGCAGGAGGAACUGGAGACGGAGGACGAACCGUCCAGGCAACAGCAUCAAUUGAAUCUGCUGCAGUGGAUCAGCUCGAAGGGCAACCAUGAGGCACUGCAGCAAAUGUGCGAUGAGUGCGAGCAGGGACUGAACACUUUCUCGGUGGAGAAGUACGACAAGCUCAAGCAGGAGGUGCAGAACAUCAUAGGCGAGGCCAAGAACAGCAAUGUGAAGGAGAUCAAGGGACUCAGUGAGCGGCUUUGUCGUCUGGAUGAGUUCAAGUAUAAGAUUGGCAAGAUGGUGCAGGAUCAGCGUGAGCAGGCGACGGCGCUGCAACAGAAUGAGGCGCGUGCCUUGAAGAUUCGCGAUAAUUCAGUGCUGCCCGAUCUGUGCAUCUCGCAUCGCACACAGCUGAAAGAUAUGCUGAAGAAUCACAUCAAGAUACGCGAGUACUGCCGCUGCAUAGGCAACUCCAAGGAGGAGCUGGGCCUCAACUUGCAUAAGCGCCUCUGCCGCAUCGUUUGGAUCGAGAACAGCAUGAGCGAGUUCGACAAUCGCUUGCUGUUCAAUCAUCGCUGCCUGCGUCGCGCCGAGCGUCACAUUGGCAUCAUCGAACAGAUUCAUCGGGCGCCGAGCAUCUAUGUGGCCGCCGUGGCGGAAGUGGUACGUCGCAAGAUCUUCUCCGAUCAGUUCAGGCUCUGGGCCUCGCGUCUCUCGGUGGACUUCGAUCGCAUACAUGGCGAGGAGCUGCAGCGCCGCCAGCUGUUCAAUGCCAACUUCGAUGGGCACUUUUUGAAUAUUUUAUUCCCCGGCAUGGCCGACAUGCCGCCCGCCUUUGCCCAGGAGCAUCCCGAGCUAAGCUUCGAUACGCGCCUGCCGCAACUCAGCUGCGCCGACAUUGAGCUGCUCUCCAAGCAGCUGCCCGAGCUGGCCGCCCAGCUGCAGCUGCCAGACAUGGCGCCCGUGCUGCAGUUCUUUGUGCAACAGACUGAGGGCCAAGCCCAGCAGCAGCUGCCCGAGGUACCCUUUGAAUAUGGCAUCAAUAUUGGCGUGGGCACCUCCAACGAAAGCCUCUACGUGGAGCAAGUGGCGCGCAGCACGGCCACCGAGCAGCUGCUCAUGAUGAGCGCCGGCACCUUGACGGAUGAGCAUGCGGGCAGUGUGGACCAACUGCGUCAGGCGCUGCAGCAGCUCGGUAAACUGGCACUGGAGGGCUUAAGAAUGGCGCGCUCUGAUUUGAGCGACAUGCGACAUGAACUCACCGCUGGCGCUGGACAGGAUGAGUUGCAGUCGGAGCUGCAGUUGCUGCAGGACAAGCUGCAGCUAAUGCGCAUGCAGUGUGAGCGACGCGAGCAGGCGCAGGAAGAGCAUCUGGAGCAACUGCGUCAACAGCUGCUGGCGGCGGAGCAGGACAAAGCGGUGGCGGUGGCCCAGGCGCGUGAGCAAUUGAUACACGAGCACAAAACGGAGCUGGAGUCGCUACGCUGUCGGUUCAAGCUAAUGACGUCCAUGGAGCGCUCGCCCUCGGACAGCAGCCUGGAGAAACUGGAGCGGCCAACGAGCAGCGCCAGCGUGGCCAGUCUGGAUGUGGAGCAGCUGUUGGCGCAACAGCGUCAGGAUUUGAACGCCCAGCGGGAGCGUGCCGUCCUCGAGGCGGUGGAGGCGGAACGCGCCCUUUGGCAGUCGCGUCAACCGCAAUUUAACUCAGAAUCUGUGAUGGCCAAUGUGUCCAUACUGAAGGACAUGCUAGAGGAUAAAGAGCGCCAGCUGGACAUGCUGCGCGAACAGAAUCGCCUACUCACCCAGGAUACCUAUCAGCUGAAGACGCGCAUCGAUGUGCUCACCAACGAGGAUGGCAACAGCUGGCUAAAGGAGAAAAUCGAUUACCUGAGUCGCGACAAGAGUCGUCUCGAGGAGGAACUCAAUAUGGAGAAGAGCAAGCGUCUCGAAAUGGAAACAAGCGUCGCCGCCAUGCGCAGCUCCGUUUAUGAGGUGGGCGCACCGUGUACAACGGUCGCUAUUCCCGGCGCACCGCUGACACGCUCCAGGUCAAGUGGCGGCAGCGCUUCCGCCAAUCGCUACAUCACGUUGGAGGGCUGCGCUAAGGGCGACUUGGUAUUUGUAGUUUGGAGCAUGAGGCACGCACAGUUCAUGGUCGUCCAGGACUCGCUCACACUGUAUUUUGUGCACGCCGACAGCUUGGCUGCCCUACAGCUAACGCCACCGCAGACUCUGCCACCGCCAGCAGCAAUUGGUGGCGCUGACGCUGCUGCGGCAGUUGCGCUGCCUGUGGCCGAACUGCAUCAAAUACCGCUGCCGUAUUAUGCGAUUGGACGUGUCAUCGACAAGGAGUACUGCCAGGCACGCAAGGAUGAGAAUCGCUAUCGCGUGAGCAGGGGCUCCAAGUUCUAUCGCAUCAAGCUGGCGCCAUUGCCUUCGCGUAAUCUGCAGCGUCGCGAGCGUUUGGAAUCCGGCUCAAGCGCUGCUAGCAUUCGCCUGGCGCCAAUAGCGGCGGCGCCACAGCGCGAUGUCGUCGAUGCGCCAGCAAGUAUCAGUGGGAGCAGUGUUUAUCAAAGCUUCAAGGAGCGCACAAUGAGCAUUAGUAGCGUCAACGAGGAUGAGGAUGAGGCCUCGUUGCUGAGCGAGCGUUGCCGCUACAAUAGCGUCAGUGAGGAGGAGGAGCAGCAGCAGCAGCAGCUGGUAGGAGCGGGAGUGGGCUUGCCAGCAAUAUCGGCUGAAACAGUGGCUUUGGCAACAACUCAAGCACAGUCUGUGAUAACAGAGCAGCCAACGGCAUCUAGAAAUUUGAAGUUGGAUCUACUGUUGGCCUCUGCUGAUAUAAUAACGCAAACCCCAAAACACCAACAACAACCACAAGAACACAAACAAAAGCUACAAGAGCAGCAUCAACACUUUGAGGAGGAGGAGAAGGAGCAGGCGGAUGAGGAGGAGCAGCAGUCGGCGCCUGUGGCUAACAUUAUUCUAACUGAACCCGUUGCAGAUGAGGAAGAUUUAAGCCAGCCGGUUAACUUGUAUGUAACCUCAGCAACCACAACAGCAGCAGUUGCAGCAGAGCCUGAGGCUGCUGUAGCGGAUGUGGAUGCAGCCGCUGCUGUUGUGGAAGCAGCAACAGUGAGGACAACACAGAGCUCUGACUCUGAUGAAUAUCGCUCGCUGGAGGGCAAGGAGGAAACAGAUUUUCAGAUUUCCGAUUAGUGUACGACAGUUUUUAAUGUUAUUAAUUACGUGGUAAAAUGUGGCCCAUCCUAAGGUUACCUAAUUAACAUGCAUACAUACAUAUAUACGUUUAUAUACAUAUACAUAGCGAUGGAGUGAGUGUGUGUGCUUAAACUAGGCUAGCACUCUUACUAUUUAAAUAGAAACAACCCUCCCAACCCACUGCUCAUCUAAGCUCCUAACAAUUAAGCCACAACUGAGCCGACGACAACAAAAAACACACGCAGACACACACAAAAAAUUAAAAAACACUUACAUAGAAACGUAAAGUACUCGAGAUGUGGAAGCAUAAAGUUAUAUAUACUUAAACAAAUUAAUCUUAAUAAAUUCAGCUAAAAGAAAAGAGAAGAAAAGCAAAAUCUUUUUAAAAUAACUCAUCUAUGUACUGUUCCAAUGUAGAGUUGCCUAUAGUGUCUGUAUCUAUAUUGCCUAAUCUUAUUACAGCGCUGUAAAUGAGUUUCAACAAAAGCAGAAACACUUGCUACUUAUACUAUAUCGAUAAAUAAUUUUUAUUUCAAAUGAAAAUCAACCACAAAUACUAUUAAUCAAAAA